AUGGCUAGCACAUCUCCGGUUCUCCUCAUUCUCGGAUCGGGCCCUAAUGUCGGCCAUCAUGUGGCUCGGGUCUUUAUCGCAAAGGGCUACAAGGUUGCCUUGGCAUCUAGGAGUGUCAAGGAAGAAAAUAAUGCAGACUUGGUCCGCAUUUCUGCCGACCUAGCGGACCCUCAUUGCGUGAAGGGCAUCUUCUCGAAGGUCGAGGCAUCGCUCGGUCUGCCGAGUGUUGUUGUCUACAAUGCAUCUGCCGGAGCCCCGAACAAUCCAGAGGAACCCCUGUCUAUUCCUUUGGCCGACUUUACUCGAGACUUGCACGUCAACACGACCAGUGCCUUUGUCGCUGCACAACAGGCGGCUUUAGGCUUCGAGAGACUCCCUGACCAUCAGUCCAAGACAUUCAUCUACACUGGCAAUAUCCUCAACGAGACCACCAUUGCAGGUCUUCUGGAUGGCGGCGUGGGUAAAUCUGCAACGGCUCACAUCAUCCGCUCUGCUGCUGCCGCAUACUCUAAUAAAGGCUUCAAAUUCUAUUAUGCUGAUGAGCGGAAGGCUGAUGGGACUCCUGCAUACUCUAAGAUUAGUGGCGAGGCACAUGGAAACUUCUAUGCCGAGCUCGCCGAGCACAAGUCUCAGGGUCCUUGGCAGCAGACUUUUGUCAAGGACGUAGGAUACAAGCACUUCCCAGCUGCUUGA